UAACUAUAUAUUUAAGAGACUUUAGAAAAAAAGAGAUUAUAUAAAGAAAUACAUAUGAGUUGUUAAAUACCUUUGUGAAAAGAGAUGCUUCGUGUACAUGUGUCUAAACUUAAAAAAGAUGCGUUUAUCAAGUUUCGUUCUACUUUACAACUUACACCUGCUUUGCAAACAAGGAGAGAGAAGACUUCUACAUCAAAUUCAGCUGAAAUAAACACAAAAAGUAAAAUUAAAAAGCUACUUAUUGCUAAUCGAGGAGAAAUUGCUGUUCGCAUUGCAAGAGCAGGAACAGAAGCAGGGAUUCGAACUGUUGCAAUAUAUUCAGAGCAAGAUUCUAAACAAGUUCAUAGACAAAAAGCUGAUGAGGCUUAUUUAAUUGGAAAAGGAAUGCCUCCAGUAGCUGCUUACUUAAAUAUUGGAGAAAUUGUUCGAAUUGCUAAGGAGCAUGAUGUGGAUGCAAUUCAUCCUGGGUAUGGUUUCUUGUCAGAACGUCAUGACUUUGCACGUGCUUGCAUUAAAAAUGGAAUAAAAUUUAUUGGGCCUUCCCCUGAAGUACUAUAUAUGAUGGGAGAUAAAAUUCAAGCUCGCAAAGCAGCUAUUGCAAAUAAUAUUCCAGUUGUUCCAGGAACUGAUUCCCCUGUUAAAAAAAUUGAUGAGGUUGCAGCUUUUUGUGAGAAAUAUGGUUACCCAGUUAUUUUGAAAGCUGCAUAUGGUGGUGGUGGUCGAGGUAUGCGGGUUGUAAGAAAUAAAGAUGAACUACCUAAAAUGUUCGAACUGGCAACAUCAGAAGCAACUGCUGCAUUUGGAGAUGGUUCAAUGUUUGUUGAAAAAUUUAUUGAAAGUCCUCGUCAUAUAGAAGUACAGAUUAUUGGUGAUCACUACGGUAGCGUGGUUCACUUAUUUGAAAGAGAUUGCUCAGUACAACGGCGUCAUCAAAAAGUAAUUGAAAUUGCCCCUGCUCCUUUGCUCAAUGAAAAAACUAGAAGGACAUUAACUGAGUGUGCAGUUCGAUUAUGCAAAGCAGUUAAUUAUGGAAAUGCUGGUACAGUUGAGUUUCUUCUUGAUGAGAAUGGAAACCAUUAUUUUAUUGAAGUUAAUGCUCGACUUCAAGUUGAACAUACAGUGACAGAAGAAAUCACUGGAAUUGAUCUUGUUCGUGCACAAAUAGGAGUAGCUGAAGGUAACAGUCUUGAGGAGUUAAACCUUUCUCAAGAAAAAAUAAUAUCCAGAGGGUAUGCAAUACAAGCCAGAGUAACUACAGAAGAUCCUUCAAAUAAUUUUAUUCCUGAUACUGGAAGAAUAGAGGUGUUUCGCAGCGGAGAAGGAAUGGGUAUAAGGUUAGAUAGUGCUUCAGCAUUUACUGGUGCAAUUAUUUCACCUCAUUAUGACUCUUUAUUAGUCAAAGUUAUUGCUCAUGCUAAUGAGUUUAAAGAUGCCGCUACAAAAUUAGAAAGAUCUUUAAGAGAAUUUAGAAUACGUGGUGUGAAAACAAAUAUUCCUUUUAUUUUGAAUGUUCUUCGACAUCCUGAUUUUCUAAGUGGAAAUGUCAGAACAGACUUUAUAAGCAAUUAUCCUGAGCUUAUGCAUGUACAACCAACACAAAACCGUGCAAAUAAACUUUUGUAUUAUCUUGGAGAAUUACUUGUAAAUGGUCCACAAACACCUUUAGCCACUGGUUUAGAGCCUUCGAAAAUUAUUCCAACUGUGCCAAAGGUUGAAAAAAAAAAUCAAUCUAAAUUUAGCAAACCUGGUGGAUUUAAAGAUAUAUUAAAGUCUGAAGGCCCUGAAGGUUUAGUAAAAGCAGUCCGACGUCAAAAUAGAUUACUUUUAACAGACACAACUUUCCGGGAUGCACAUCAAUCAUUGCUUGCAACACGAGUGAGAACUCAUGACUUAUUAAGAAUAUCUCCUUUUGUGUCUGAAAAGCUUUUUAGUUUAUUCAGUUUAGAAUGUUGGGGAGGAGCAACAUUUGAUGUUUCUCUGAGAUUUCUGAAAGAAUGUCCUUGGGAGAGAUUAGAGCUGAUACGUGAGAAAGUACCUAACAUCCCUUUGCAGAUGCUUUUGAGAGGAGCAAAUGCAGUUGGUUACACUAACUAUCCUGAUAAUGCUGUUUUUGAGUUCUGUAAACUUUCACAUAAGUAUGGUAUGGAUGUGUUUAGAGUAUUUGAUGCACUUAACUAUGUGCCAAAUUUGCAGGUAGGCAUUGAUGCUGCUGGUCAAGCAGGUGGAGUUGUUGAAGCUGCUAUAUCUUACACUGGUGAUGUUGCUGAUCCUUCCAAAACAAAAUACAACAUUGAUUAUUACAUGAAUUUAGCUGAGCAGCUUGUGAAGGCUGGUACUCACAUUCUUUGCAUUAAGGAUAUGGCAGGGGUAUUAAAACCUGAAGCUGCUAAAAUUCUUGUUGGUUCUUUACGUGCUCAGUACCCAAAACUUCCUAUCCAUAUUCACUCUCAUGACACUGCUGGUGCUGGUGUUGCAUCAAUGCUAGCAUGCGCUGAAGCAGGUGCUGACAUUGUUGAUUGUGCUGUUGACUCCAUGUCUGGUAUGACAUCACAGCCAAGUAUGGGGGCUAUUGUUGCUUGUCUUCAAAACACAGAACAUGAAACAGAACUUGAGCUAGAAGAUGUCUUCCAGUAUAGUUCUUAUUGGGAGCAAGCACGUUGUUUAUAUGCUCCUUUUGAAUGCUCUGGCACUAUGAAAAGUGGAAAUUCUGAUGUUUUUGUUAAUGAAAUCCCUGGAGGUCAAUAUACUAAUCUUCAAUUUCAAGCAUUCAGUUUAGGACUUGGUGAUAAAUUUACAGAAGUGAAAAAGAAGUAUUCAAUUGCUAACAAGAUUUUAGGAGAUCUUAUUAAGGUAACUCCAACAUCAAAAAUUGUGGGAGAUUUAGCUCAGUUUAUGGUACAAAAUAACUUGGAAGAAAAUGAUGUCUUAAAUCGUGCACACCAACUUGAUUUCCCUUCAUCAGUUGUUGAGUUUAUGCAGGGCUAUUUAGGAGAACCUUAUGGUGGAUACCCUGAGCCAUUUAGAACUAAUAUUUUGAAAGGGAAAAAAAAAAUCGAUGGAAGAGUGGGAAAUGAGCUCAAACCGGUAGACUUUGAGGCAGUUAAACAAGAACUUGUAAAAGAAUUUGGAUCUUCAAUUAGUGAUUGCGAUGUUAUGAGUUAUUGUAUGUAUCCGUCAGUGUUUAAAGAAUAUGCUCAGUUUCGUGAUCUUUAUGGUCCUGUUACCGGAUUGCCGACACGUUUGUUCUUUGUGGGUCCAGAACUGGGUGAGGAAAUAGAAGUUGAAAUAGAGCUUGGAAAAAAUUUACAUCUGAAAAUUUUAGCUGUGGGAGAUGUAAAUGAAACAGGUCAUCGAGAGGUUUUUUGCGAAGCAAAUGGUCAACUCCGUUCAUUUUUAGUUGAAGACAAAACGGUUGCUAAGACAGUUACGCGUAACCCUAAGGCUGUUAAAGGCGUCAAAGGCUCAGUUGGUGCUCCUAUGCCUGGUAAAAUAGUUACGGUUUGUGUAAAGGAAGGAGAUAAAGUUCGCAUGGGUGAUCCUAUAAUUGUGUUAAGUUCUAUGAAAAUGGAAACCAGUGUUACAGCUCCAAUCGAUGGGACCGUAUCUAGCAUUACUUCAAGUGCUAAUCAGACAGUUUUGGCCGGGGAUCUUCUGAUAACUAUUGAGUAAUUAAAGUAAUUUGCAAAAAUGAAAUUCGUAAAUUUUUUAAAUUCUUGGAAUUUUUUUUUAUUAUUAUUAUUGUAGUUUUCUUUUUAUUAAAUUUUCUUGUAAAGGCUUUGUUAAAAGAUAAGUUUAAAUUUUUCACUCAACUGUUUUAUAAGUUA